AUGCCUCGCUCCAUUCCCCUGCUGCAGUCUCAUGUUGGGGACUGUCUUGACUUCUGCAGAUCAAGAUGCAAAGAGUGUCCGGACGGCCUCAUGUGCUCCUCUACAUUUCCAAACCAUUACAGAGACUUUGACCACACGCUGCUGGCACAAAGUCGAGCCAAUGGAAGUCUAGUUGUUCCUCAGAUAAUUACUGGAGAAAUCAACCACAGCAGACUCGCAAAUAAUCAUGAGGCGCGAGCGGAUAAUUCACCUUUGAAGACUUCACAAGAUUAUCUCCCCUUAGACUCUUUGCCUUCAUCACCUCUUAAUAAUUCCCAAACUAAAUCACCCACAAUUCGUAACGGCCUCCUCCUACUACGCUCGCCCGGCGCUCAAGAUUUAAAGAAGAAGAAAGGCUGGUCUUCUCCUAAGGUUCCAAAGGCAGUCAGUUCUGUUCAAGGAUCUAAAGCAGAGAAUGUGUCCACUCCGAGCAAAACCGCAGAGACCCAAACACAUGGCUGCGUUCUCCAAAGUACAGCUUCUGACGUGGACGAUGCCAUCUCCUACUCCCCUCUGUCUGAGCUCCCAGCGGAGGGCGAAGCCAAACACACUGGGGCUAGAAAAACACUUUUUGAUUUUGACCCUGGGGGGAGGGAGAAUGACAGGUCCAUUGCAGCGUUUAGCGACAGUGACGAUAUUUUAUUUGCUGAAUUUUUGGAUGAUUUUGAUGAGGAGGAGGAGAAAGAGUCCCCGUCACUAAACUACACACAGAUGGCUUCAGCUUCACAGCCGUCUCAUCUGGAAACGUCAAACAAAGCCACUGACACAUGUGUAAAGGAAAAGCCCGGAUUAUCCCUCAGCGUUGGCUCCAGUAACAGCAGCAUUCUCUCUCCACAGAGUAUUGUCCUGGAGCGGUUGAGGGACACCAUUUUAGAGACAGAAAAGUCGUCACAUCAAAGCAGUAGUAAGACCAAUUCAGAAAUGUCUGUAUCCGACAAAACCACACCUCAGAAGAUCCCAAACAAAGCAGCUCAGUCUGGGAGCCUUAAACAAACCGAUAUCGCUGUGUUUUUUGGACUUAAACCACUCCCGGUUAAAGAGACUGAGCAUGUUUCUGUAGCUGUGGGGGAGAAGCAGGCGGUAAAAACACAAAAGAAGAGCAGGCAGAGGCCGGGACCAGCGACCACAGCGGGAAGUUCACAAGCUGCAGUGGCCACGGUGGAAAGUGAAGGAGGAAGUAAAAGGACUGGGAGGAAAGGAUGGAGAAGAUGGAGCAAUGCAGCCGCAGAGGAAGGAAAAUACCCAAGAUGCCCAUUUUACAAGAAGAUCCCUGGCACAACAUUUGUGGUGGAUGCCUUCCGCUAUGGACCCAUCGAUGGGAUCUCUGCUUACUUCCUCACACAUUUCCACUCGGACCAUUACGACGGACUGAGAAAAACCUCCACUCUUCCCAUCUACUGUAAUAAAGUAAGUCACUUUUGUGUUGUCCUUUUUAGAGGUGCUUUGUGUUGA